AAGUUUUAUCAAACGUCAUUUUACUCCAAUUUUCUCUUCUUCAUUUUAAUAUUAUUAUUUAUAAACGUUUAUUCAAUAUUUCUGUCUUUAUUGUUAACGUACCAAGUGAUUAAUUAAUGUAUCACAACGGUAAAUAUGGAAAUUUGCCUAAAAUUGAAGUAAAGAAUAGUAAAAACAAUUCUUUUCUGAUUCUAACCUAAAAGAAAAAUUCAUCAAAUUUAUUAAAAACAACGUUGUUUAAACUAUAUUGUUGUGUCUUAGUUAUAUUGGAAUUGUUGAAAACGUUGAAAACAAUGUGAAAAGUUAAUGAAAUUUUUCAUAAGCAAAUUUUUCUGAAAAAAAUUCUCACACUCUUUAUAUUGAUAACAAAAAAAAAUGUCUUUCUCUGGCACUAAGAAUAGUGCUUCUAACUAUAAAUCUGAAAAUUCGAGGAAAAAACGAAAGAACAAUCAAUUAGACGAAAAUUUGCCAAAAAUGGAGGAACAAGAAUUUAAAUUCGUCGCAACUUCGGUGUUAGAAUUGGAUCAUGAGGAAGAGGUUAUAACAGGUGAUCCUGAUUUUUCCGAUUUGGAAAAUCCAUUGAAACUCGAAGACGAUCCAGAAUCUGUUCAAGUUGUAACAAUAGAAGAAGAUGACGAUAAUUCUCUGUCCGAUAAACUCGAGCCAAUUCAAUUUCGUCUCAAGGAAUUUGUCAAUCAAAAUAAUUGUACAAAUUCAGUGACUUUUUUUAAUUCGAAAAAGCAAUUUUCUAAAUGUCCCGCUUGCAAUGCUCUCUUUAUAUCGAAGCAAAGAAUGAGAAGUCAUAUAUUGACUCACGCUCAUAGGGGAAGUGAUAAAAGGGUAAUUUGUAACUACUGUAAUUUUACAACAGACGACGUGGAUUUGUUUAAUUCACAUUUGAAAUGUCAUGAAAAUCAAUGCGAGGUUUGUAAUCAAUAUUUCUUUAAGAAGAAAAUAUUUGAGAGUCACUUGGAGGUGGUGAAGAGUACCUAUACGAUUAGGUACAAAAGGGAUCAUUUUAAAAAUUAUGUCUGCAACAGUUGUAAUUUAUCAUUUGAUUUUGUGCAUCAAUUGCAAAAACACUGGUUCAAACACACUUGUACGGAGAAGAAAACCUAUCAAUGUGAUUCUUGCUCCGCUCUCUUUGAUACUGUGCAAAAUCUCGAAAAUCAUGUCUGUCUACAAUGUCCCAUUUGUCUGAAAACUUAUUCAAGUUUUCCAACUCUUCGAGCACACACACGCUUUGCGAAACAUUUUCUCUAUUGUAAAAUUUGCAAAUACGAAUUCAGUCUUCGAGUUGAUCACGUCAGACAUUUGGAACUUCACAAAAAGAAAUUCAAGCCCUACGAGAAAUUGAUGCUCUGCUUGAAAACUGAGGACGAAUCAACAUUGAAAUGCGAAGUUUGUGGCAAAUUAUUACAAACAGAUGCGAGUUUCGUUUCGCAUGUCUACGACGAACAUAAACUCAAUGUCACGAAUUACAAACGAUACAAUAAGUUUACGCAUUGCCUGCAAGCGGACGAUGGUUCGACAUUUCAGUGUGAAGUCUGCGGAAAAUUGGUGUCGACAGAAUUAAAUUUUGUCAAUCACGUCUAUAAGGAGCAUAAAAUCAAUGUGACGAGGGAUGACGGCGAGAAUAGUAAUUCGGAGGAUCAGUCGCGAUCUUCGGUUAAAGUAAUGGACGAUAUUACUUUUGAGGAAAUUAAAAUCGAGGAAGACAAUGAGGAGGAAGAGGACAAUGAUAAUUAUGAAGAUUACGAACAACUGGAGGAAGAGGAAGAAGAAGAAGAAGAAGAAGAAAUUGAAGAAGAGGAAGAGGAGGACGAAGAGGAUUAAAAACAGAUUUUGAGACAGACGUGAUAUAUUCACGAAAAACGUGAAUCAUUUUAAAGCACAAAAUUUCUUUUUCGAAUAAAAAGAAUUUGGACCUAAAUUUAAUUUUCGAAAAAAAAGAUAAAAUUCUGUAUUUAAUUUCGAAAAUUACUUGUAAUUACAAACGGCAAAAUAUGUAAAUACGUCUCAAAGGCAUCAAAGGCAAUUGAUGUGUAAAUUUACUAAAUUUCGAGAUAUUGUAUAUUUAUGGGAAAAAAUUAUAAUUUUCCAUUCGUUUAAUUUUUAAAGAGCGAUAAAUAAAUUACUGUAAGCUAAGAGGAAAUACUUUAUUAUUAAAUAUCUCAUUUUUGUUAAUAAACGAACUAUCAAUAAACUAUUAAAUGAGACUCUUA